AAUAAUAAAUUCCAAAGAGGUUUUGCAAAUUUGCAGUAAACCCUAGUUCCAACGCCAGCUGACAGAGAAAAGAAGUAAACGAGAACGCAGCAGCAGCAGCAGCAGCUGCAACACUAGAGCAACUGCGCCAUUCUUCUUCUUCUGUUCUAAUCACUCGCCAGCCCGAUACUUGUUGAAACACCAAGGUAAACGAUGGCCGAGGAAACCCAUAUGCCAGAAUCGAUUAAACCCUUAAGGAAGAGGAAAUCAGGGCAUAAGAAAGGCAACAAGGCAAAGAAAAAGCAGAAACAGUUUCAGGGUAUUAAAGAAAGAGUCAAAAUAGACCCCAAAAUGAAGAAAUUUCUUCGGAAGAAGGCUCGUGAUUACAAUUCUGAUGAUGAGGAGGAGGACGAGAGUGCCCAUGGUAUUGGAGAUGAGAAAGUUUCUUUGCAUGAUAAUGAUAAGCAGGAUUUUGGCAUUGAAGUUGAAGGCCCUGAAAAUGAAGAUGAAGAUGAUGAAAUUCAGCCUGGAAUUACUAAAUUCAGCGAGGGUUGUAGAGCAUUUAGGAUUGCUUUUAUGAGUAUUAUGAAGAAGAGUGUAUCUGAUGAUUCACUGGGACCGGUGUUAUCAGGGCACGAGAAGCUUGUAGCAGAGAAGCUUGCUGAGGAGGAUGCAGAAAGGAAGGUCAAGAGAGAGGCCAAGAAGGAGAAACAAUUGGUGGGAGAGAAGGGCCAUGUGAAGCCUGCUAAUUACUUAGACUCACAUGAGAAGUUUCUUAUAGGUGUUGCUACUAAAGGAGUGGUCAAGUUAUUUAAUGCUGUUAACAAGGCACAAAACGCACAGAAGGGAUUGGAUCCUUCAAGAACAAAAGACGCAAAAAUAAUAAAGAAGCGGAGAAAAGAAGCCUACUUUUCAGAGUUAGGCAAGACACCAGCGUCUGACUCUAAUGCUAAGAACGUGCAGGUUCAUAAAUCUUCAGGCCCAGUAGAUAGUGAAGGGCCCUCUUGGGCCCCUUUACGUGACAACUACAUGCUAACAAAUUCCAAGUUGAAGGACUGGGAUAAGAUGCCGGAUAAAGUUGUAGCAGAUGAUUUUGGGAAGAUGUCUGAAGAUAGUGAUUCUGAUGAUUGAUAUAUUGACAUGAUAUUUUUGCUGUGAAAAACUCUUAUGUCAACUUGGGGAAAUUGUUAUAGGGAUAAUAUUAAUCCACAGGAAAGGCCAAUUUUAUUUCUUUGUGAUGUUUUGAUAUGCAAUAUUUGAAUGAUUCAAGCUAAAUGCUAUUUGCAUUUCCUUUA